CCAUAAAGGCCAUGUGAACCAGUGCCACUCUCUUUAACUUCAUGCAGAAUAAUGACGCGACAUCUUCCUAAUAUCCUCAUGCAUCCCUUCAAGGCGUUUCGCCAGUCGCCCUGGCCAUUGUCGUCCGCGGUUUCCUCCCGAAUUGACCCGUCCUUACUGGUUGAAGAGGAGAACUCGCCCUACUACGAGCCAGCCUAUUUUUAUCCGGCGCGGAUUGGCGAAGUCCUUAAUGGUCGAUAUCAAAUUGCGACUAAGCUUGGUCACGGAAGCAGGUCGGGUGUGUGGCUUGCAAGGGACCUUCACCAGUGGCGCUGGUCGAACGAGCGAUACGUGGCUCUCAAAAUCAACUCGAAUAAUUCCCAUGCACGGAAAACUGCUGGUGACGUUGAGCUGGGGAUUCUGCAGCAUAUAACGAGAGCGAACCGUCAACAUGAGGGCUGGCAUUUCGUUCGAAAGUUACUCGACUCAUUUUCCGUCCAAGGAAUUUCAGGGAGUCAUGUAUGUCUCGUCUUCGAGCCUUUACGUGAGUCGCUGGGAAAGUAUUGCCAACGCUGGCAGGGUGGAGUGAUGCCCCCGGAAAUUUUCAAAAUAAUCCUCCAAGAAAUACUCCAGGCGCUGGAUUAUCUUCACACUGAAUGUCACAUCGUCCAUACAGAUUUGAAGCCCGAUAACAUUAUGGUUCGACUGGAAGAUCGUGAGCUCCUGUCUCAAGACGCUCGAGAUGAGUUUGAGAACCCACUACCUCAGAAGCAUUGCAGUGAUGGACGCAUCAUCUAUCUGUCCCGUAAGAACUAUGGACCACUGAGGGACAUCAAAGGGCUUAUUGAAGUUGCCGACUUUGACCUAGCAGUCCAGGGUGAUGUUCCACAUGAUGGUUGUGUCCAGGCCGAGGUAUAUCGCGCGCCAGAGGUCAUCCUUGAUAAAGGGUACACGUAUAGUGCUGAUAUAUGGAGCCUGGGAGUUAUGUUAUGGGAUUUUCUAGAAGGACAAACACUGUUUGAAUCAGUUGAUCCACGUGUCGUUGAAGACUACGAUGACGAAACGCAUCUUGCGUAUAUUACAUCGCUUCUAGGUCCUGCCCCAACAGACUUUGUUGGCCGCGGCAAGAGAACGUCGAUGUUCUAUACAACUGCUGGAACACUCAUACACGAAGACCUUGUCCCUGGUAACUUUAGCUUCGAAAGCACUCUCUCUAACUUGGAUGGGGAAGAGAAGAUGAUGUUUAUCAACUUCGCUAAACGGAUGAUCAAGUGGAACCCCGAGGAGCGAAGUACGGCGAAGGAGCUACUGCAGGAUCCAUGGCUUCACAACGACUAUCCGCAAAUAUAGGGCUGUUUUCCAUCUUUCUUCCGCGAUUAUUCCUUCGAAGCCUACACUCUCUGUCGGAAUCAAAUGUCUCGCGAGAUCAGUUAUUCCAUGGUAUUCUCACCUCCCAUAGAGCUCUCUUAUUAUCAUAUCCUAUGCAACUUUCAAAAUGUUUAUAGUUACUCGGAAAAUCUCAACAUAGCACU